UUGACUCCUCUCAAUCAGGUCGGCGGCUCCCCCAGCGUCCUGCUGGUCGAGGCGUUUUAUGGGGGUUCUCACAAACAGCUGAUUGACCUUCUGAAGGAAAACAUCGAUGGCUGCUCCGUCUUCACGUUGCCUGCCAAAAAAUGGCAUUGGAGAGCGAGAACAGCAGCUCUGUACUUCAGUCAGACCAUUCCUGCCUGUUCAACAUACAGGUUAGAGGCACACAUGUGGCACCAUGCAGGGUUCUGUUUAGCAGCUCGGUUCUGAACCUGUGCGAGCUGGUUGCUCUCAGACCUGAUCUGGCCCGGCUGAAGAAGAUCCUGUACUUCCAUGAGAACCAGCUGGUCUAUCCGGUUCGUAAGGACCAGGAGAGGGACUUCCAGUAUGGAUACAACCAGGUGCUCUCAUGUUUGGUGUCAGAUGUGGUGGCCUUUAACUCCCGCUUCAACAUGGAGUCCUUCCUGUCUUCCAUUCGGUCAUUCAUGAAGAAAAUCCCAGACCAUAGACCUAAAGACCUGGACCGGCUGAUCCGUCCUAAGUGUGUGGUCCUCAGCUACCCGGUGCAGUUCCCUGACAUCAGAAGUCUGCUGCCUGAACACAAACUGAGAUGUCUUUGCCGCUCUGCAGAGACGCCUCAGAGCGAUCAUCGGAUCGUCACCUCGCCGACCGAUCAGCAGCAUACGUCAUGGUUUGGGGAGGUUCCCGAUCAGCCCCCAUCGGAUCCCAGAAGUGCCCCGACAGCUGGUCAGGACCCAGAGUGUUUGGACCAGGUGAAGCCUCUACACAUCGUGUGGCCUCACAGGUGGGAACACGACAAGAACCCUGAGCUGUUCUUCAGCACUCUGAUCAAACUGAAGGAAAAACAGCUGGAUUUCAAGUUGUCAGUGCUGGGAGAGACUUUCACUGAUGUGCCAGAGAUCUUCUCCUGCUCCCAGAUUCUCCUCCAGUCCAACAUCCUGAACUGGGGCUUCCUGUCCAGUAAGGACCAGUAUCUGAAGGUGCUUUGUGAGGCAGACGUGGUUGUGUCAACCGCCAGGCACGAGUUCUUCGGAGUGGCCAUGUUGGAAGCCGUCCACUGCGGAUGCUUCCCUCUGUGUCCAAAGGCUCUGGUGUAUCCUGAAAUAUUCCCAGAUCAGUACCUGUACUCGACCCCUGAGCAGCUCUGUAAGCGGCUACAGGAACUCUGCAAGAGACCUGACCUCGCCCGUAGACAUGUUGUCAUGGUGGACACCUCUCUGUACUCCUGGUCCUCCCUGAAGUCACAGUUCCAGUCUCUGCUGGCUGCUGAAGGUCCCUGAAAGCAUCACAAUGCUGGUUGCUUCAACUACAUCUUGGGUUUGGGUCAAAACAAGUUCUGGUCAGAGAUCAAACUGAACUUUUAAGACCCACUCUGGAUCUAAGCUGAGAUUAAGAGACUGAGUUGUGGCCAGAAAUAUCUCAGCUUCCUUACUUUAACAGCAAGAAUAAGCAGCAGAGUCCAUGUUCUGGUUCUGAUUCUUUGAUGAAUUUAUAAGAGUUCUACUGUAAACAAAUGUCUGCAAAGGUUAAUUCAACCCAUUUUUUACUGUUUUUCUAAUAAAAUAUUUGAAAUAAACCCUGAUCAAUGACUUUA